AUGGCGGCUCGCAAGCUCAAUGAUUUUCUCGAUGCUGAUCAGAGCGAAGAUGAUGGAAGUCAAGGUUACGACUCGGAAUUUGAAGAUUUGAAGAAAGGCGGCAGGAGCCCCAAACGAAGGAAGGUCGAUAGCGAUACCGAUUCAAGCGGCGAGGAGGAUGAAAAAGAGCAACUAGACGUGCAGGAUGCUGGAGAUUCAGAGGAUUUAGAGGAUUCAAAGGAUACAACAGAUAUCACGCUACCUUCCAUCCCAACAAGCAAAAAAAAGGACCUUCCCGGCGUCUCGAAGCCCCUCCUCACCAAGAAGAACCUCGUCGCAUCCGAAGCGGCAAUAAAACGAUCCGGACUGCUUUACAUAUCUCGAGUACCGCCUUUCAUGAAACCGACAAAACUAAGAUCCCUGCUCGAGCCUUACGGUGCUAUCAAUCGCAUCUUCCUGACUCCAGAAGAUCCUGCUUCACAUACACGACGAGUCCGCAAUGGAGGUAACAAGAAACGGUCCUUUACAGAUGGAUGGGUAGAAUUUGUUAGGAAGUCUCAUGCCAAGCGCGCUUGCGAACUACUGAAUGGUCAGAUAAUUGGGGGCAAGAAGGGCACAUAUUAUCACGACGAUGUCUGGAAUUUGCGCUAUCUGAAUAAAUACAAAUGGAACCAUCUGAAUGAGCAGAUUGCGGCAGAGAAUGCGGCAAGGGCUAGCAGAAUGAGGGCAGAGAUCAGCAAGACCACGAAAGAGAAUAAGGAGUUUGUGCAGAAUGUAGAGAGGGCUAAGAUGUUGGAGGGGAUGGAAGCUAAGAAGGCCGCGAAGAGGAGAAAUGAUGACGAGGCUACCUCGACAACAGAGGAGAGAGCACCAAUAAAACAAACAAAGAAAGGUGGAGAACGACCAAGGCAUUUCAAGCAAACACAAGUUGCUGUGAAGAAGCGGCCUGAAAAACAGUCCGAUCAGGUCAAGAGAGUUUUGAGUAGCAUCUUCUAA